UCAUGUAGAACUCGUGACGACCGGACCUCGCGGUGCCACACGGAGGUCACCUGUUCACCACAUAACGUUACAUACAGCCAUUUGUACCUGGACGCACCGGAAGAGCACCUGUUUUCUCUUAAAGUACACCUGAAGAGACUGUCAAUCAGCCAUGUGGGGACACGGUCAUGGUCAUGGUCACGGUCACGGGCAUGGCGCGGCCAGGGAGGCGCACAGGGCACACAGGGAAGAGAUGCGAGCAGAGCGUCAGGAGCACAAAAUGCACAACAAGGCUGCGCAUGCGGCCGCGCACGGCAACUUCAUCAAGGCAGCCAUGUUUGAGGUAGCCGCAGCAGGGGCGCACAGCCGCGCGGAGAACGCCCACCACCGGGAGGUUCACGCUGCACACGCGGCGAUGCACCACGGCCCACACGGCCAUCACCAUCACCACGGGCCCGCUGUCUGCCCGCCGCCCGCCUGCCCUCCCCCUCCGCCCACUGUGCACGUCCACCACACCUACGUGAACCCGACGCCCCCCGUGAGCUACCCAACGGGUACGGCAGCGCCUCCACCGGCCUACCCAGGAGCUGCACCAGGGUACCCACCGACUGCCGGAUCCGCUUACCCCCCAGCGCAGCCUCCGGCGUACCCCCCGGCCCAGCCCACAGGUUACCCCCCUGCGCAACCUAGCGGAUACCCCCCUGCCUACCCCCCUGCACCGAGCUACCCCGGCCAAUCCUACCCCGGGUACCCGCCAAACUAGUCAACCGGACCAAGUGUCAAGCAGGUGUAUGGUGUACAGGGAUCGCCACACUUCUCUCGUGUUUCUGCUUGUUUGUAUUCGUCUAUUUCUUUAGAUGUGAAGGAAAGAUACACCAUGAAAGCAUAACGAUUUUCCUCCGAUCCCAACAUGUAGUAUCCACAAGGAAGUUAUGACCUCCAUGGUCGCCAGGCAUUGAAGUUUGAAAAGUAAACGAAAAAUAAAGUUAAUGCACUAGCUAUAAAAGGAAAAAGAUAUCAUAUAUUUAGCGCAUCAAAGAAAAUAAUGGAAAGGACGGCCGGCCGUUCUUGUUUCUUCUGCUGUAAUAAAACUGGUAUCAAUGAAA